AUGCGUAUCGUCCCUCAACAUAAGCACCAGAAGCUUAUUCUCCAGUGCUACCCGCCUGGUAAGUUGGCAGACAAGAAGCCCAAUCCAUCUGAGCUCAGUUACCUUCUUUACUAUGCGCUGACCCGAAGAAUCAAGUUGGUCAAGGUGGUGGACUUCCUCGCCGCAAAGACCAAACGUGACGUUAAGGGUAAUAAAUCCGGGAACUUGCAAGUCACCUUGGGUAUUAUUUCAGCAUUAAUCGAGAAAUGUGCCGAUAACUUGAAUGCUUUUGCAACCCAGGUGGUGUCUAUCUUGUCAACAAUCCUCCUGGUGAAGGAAUUGCCCCUUUGUAAACUGCUUGUAUCUACCUACGGUGUGUUGUGUUCUAAGCUCGAUGGUGGUCUUUUCUCUGGUGAUAAGCUGUUUGUUGAAAGCUUCACCAGGUUUACCGAACUGUUUAUCAAGACCGGUGUGACCCAGCUGAGCAGCUCCACUACCAACAAAUCCGAAUGGCGUCUUGUUUCGCUUUCCACUGCUAAGCACGUCUUCAACUGUUUGGGAUUCAACGUUCGCUUGCUGAAGAAGUUUAUUUCCUCCUGCGUUCCAUUGUUAGCCCAGACAGUGCUUGCCAACGCUACCCAGAGUAAUUUAUUGACCCGUUUGAACAGUAACUUGAACGUCGAGGGCGACGAGAAGUUCCACAGUUUGAAUAGGGUUGUCACUGCCAGAACUGCUGCUCAGGCUAAGGAAAUUGAGGAGCAUUUCGAGAGUGACUCCGUGUCGGACCUGGACCUUAACGAGGAGGCCUUGGCCGCCUUGAAGGGUCUUUUCAACACCUCUCUUUCUACUCAAAUCUCAGAGGCUACUAAUGAAGUUGUCGAAUUCAACUUUGCUAACGCUGCUGAAACUGAGGUUGACAAUUGGGGUACCACGUUCUUGGAGAUGUGUGCUUCCUGGAUCCCUGUGCAAUUGCGUUUCAUCGCCUUGCUGACUCUCUUGACCCGUUUGAGUUCAGCUUCCGAGAAAACCGAUGCUAACUCUAAGAACUAUGGAAUGUUGGUUCACACUGCUAAGUCCUUGCUUGGCCUUGUGUCGUCCAACUUCAACAUGAUUGGUCUUUCCAUUUCCGAUGUCAUUCAGCAAUUCCUUACUUUGCAAACCAACUUGCAUCUUCUGUUGGCUGAUUACUUGUCCGUGGACCAGGUCAGGGAGUUGAGCAAGAUCUACACCCAAUGUGUUUGCAACCUUUCCAGUCACAUCUACUACUUCGACCAAGUUCAAGACUCCAUUGAAGGCAUCUUGAUGCAAGUCGAUUCCGUCAUGCUCCAUGCCGAUACCCACAAGACCAGCCGUGUUCACGACUUGGUCAUCGUGCUUCUCGACAACAUCUCUAAGGUGAUGAACUUGUUGAUUCGCAAGUCCAGCUCGAUUACCAGAAACGAGGCAACCUUGGAGAACUGGGAUUUGGGUUUGCAGUUAUUGACCGUCGAAAAGAGCUACGAAGAGUAUGCUCUGGAAGCCUCUGCUGAGCAGAAGGCUGACCUCGAAGCCAAGUUCUUGCAGGUCUUCCACGAGUUUUUGGAAAUUGAGUUCCUCAAGACUGGCGGUAAGUCUUCUCCAAGAAAGGCGUCUCCUAAGAUUGUUUACUCGGAUGCCUCUCAAGCAGAGGGCCCUGAACGUUUCUUGGUGCCUGACUACAAUGAGUACAUCAGCCACUCUCAGAACUUCCUCAGCAACAUCCUUGUUCACACUAAUGAGUACCUCGCAUCACCAAGCAGUCCUUCUGUUUCCAAGUUGCUUUUGAAGACAUUGCAAACAUUGCUUUCUGUCACUGGAAUCAACUUCGUGCAUAACUUCAUUCCUGUCUUCCUGUACUGGCAACUUCUUGAUGGCAAUGGAUCUGCGAUCGAAGUAGAGAAGGACAAGUUUGCUUACCUGUUGUUGAAGUCCCUGGUGGAAGUCCUCAAUGAGAAGUAUGCUGACUUGUUAGAGACCGAUAUCACUACCCUGAGCUUGUGGGAGGCCAUCACUCAUGACAUUUCUGACAGAAGAGCUGCCUUGUCUGGAGCCGCUGGUACCUUCAAAACCAGAGUUACUCAGGAUAAGAUUUACGAGUUCUUCGCCACAACUUCAUUGAAUAACUACAUCAACCCACAAAAGCUGGUGCUGCUUGAUGUUAGCAAGAUUCACUAUGACCAUGAAGCGCGUGCCAAUGCCAAGGCAGCUACUGCUGACAACAAUUCCGACCACUUUCAAGAUGCUCGUGAUAAAACUGCUCAGCCUAAUGGUAAUGGCCAGGGAUACGGCCUUGGUAACGCUAAUGAUAUCUCCUCCAUCCAUUCUGGCCUCGCUAGUGGUCCAGCCAAGUCCAACGGCAACGCCGCCAAUGGUGACGCUCUGAUUACACAGGAUACACUUAACUCGAACAACCUGUUUAACCUACAGCAUACCAACAACUACAGAUACUCUUUGCUUCCGAAGGUAUCUGACCUAAAGAACACUGUCAAUGGCCAAACUCCAGACGACAGAUUCCUGUUCCACCAAAACAGCACCCCUAGAUCCGUGCUUCAAAAGCACACCCCCUCUACCGAUAUGAGAACCAUUCUCAAAUCGCUUUCAAGCGAGGAAGACAAAGACAUUGUCGUGUAA